AUAGCUUCUUUCAAGCUUAUUGCUCUCACCAACGUCGCAAUCAUGGCUCCUGAAAAAGCGGGGAAGAGCGUCUUCCUGGGGAAUAUUCCCUAUAAUCUCACUGAGGAGCAAGUCAAAGACAUCCUUAGCUCCGCCGGAACAGUGACGAAAUUUCGACUUAUGAUAAACCCCGAAACUGGCAAACCCAAGGGCUUCGGCUUUGCGGACUUCGCCGACGCCGACGCCGCGGCCUCAGCCGUGCGCAACCUGAACGACUACGAAGUCAUGGGUCGCAAGAUCCGCGUCGACUGGCCGCACAUGAAUGAGAAGGACUCCAUCCCGCCCGAUUAUGCCAACCAGAAUGCUGCCGGUGCUGCCACAGGUUCAGCUCUCGGACAACAAGACGGCCUUGGUCUUGGCGCUGGAGCCGGCGCUCAACCUGCUCACGCGCCGCUUCCUCCGCUCCCCCCGGGCGUCCCUGUGCCCCCUCACCUUGACUGCCCUAACGCCAUCUCGCAAACCCUCGCAUCCCUCCCUCCGAAUCAGCUCCUCGAUGUCCUCCACCAGAUGAAGUCCCUGGUCAACGCCGACCCGGCCCGCGCGACUGAACUUCUCCGCCAGGCGCCCCAGCUCGCAUACGCCAUCUUCCAAGCACUGCUCCUCAUGAACCUGGUCGAUUACAGCACCCUCGGUCAGGUAAUUGAACAGGCCACACAGCCUGCUGCAGCCGCACCCCCUCCGCCGGCGGCAGCGGCAGCUGCAGCGCAAGCCUUCCAGACCUAUCCCGGCCAAGUGUCCACCCCGCCUAUGGUCAGCGCGCCGUUCCAACAGCCUCCUCAACAACCUAUCCCUCAACAGCAGGCACCGCCAGCCAUCACCGGUCAUGAAGAGCUCCUGCAGCAGGUUCUGAGCAUGCCUCAAGCAGCCAUCGAUGCGCUCCCCCCUAUGGAACGCAGCCAGAUCCUGCUCCUGCGCCAGCAGUUGAUGCAGGGCGGCAUGCGUUAAGAAUGAUGUGACGAUGAUGACCAAUCCACCUAUAUCUGUUUUUUCUUUUUCUAUUCUUUCCACGCUUCAAUUUUGGGCGGCAUCAGUGUGACAGUUCCUUUCUUUCAAGAGAAAGCGUUGCAACGGCAGCAGCAUCGUCUUGGUCGGUUUGUUCUCGUUUCCAUAAUCUGUAUCAACUGGAAUGGCGCAAACGGGUUAUUGUUUCUAUGGGGUCCUGUUUUCUUGGGUUUCGUGCUCGGAUGAAUAUUCUGUAACUACUUUACACCUCACUUCUUGCCUUGCGGACACAUUUUUACUACGCGAGUUGUGGCAGCAGAUAUCCCAAAC